GUAGGAAGCUGAUAGCGGCGCGCGACUCUGAAUCUGACGUUCCUGGCUUGACGCGGAGUUCCUUGUAUGCCACGUGCAUUUUGUCCUGCCCCAAGGUUCGCUGCAUCCUCUGUCCCCUAACCUCUCACCUAGCUUCCGAGGCUCCGGACCUGGACGUCUGCAGAACGAAAUGGUCGCAGCCAUGAAUGUCUCGGACCAAGUAGCUCAGCUGUUCCCACCUUACCACUUCGAGCUGUUCCAGGACAUGAGGCCCUUUUUGGAGGAGUACUGGGCGACCUCCAUCCCCAUAGCUUUCAUCUACCUGCUGCUCAUCUUUGUGGGGCAGAACUACAUGAAGUCACGGAAGGGCUUCAACCUGCAGGGGCCUCUGAUCCUUUGGUCCUUCUGCCUUGCAAUCUUCAGCAUCCUGGGGGCAGUGAGGACAUGGGGCUACAUGGGGACCGUGAUACUUACGAGCAGCCUAAAGCAAACUGUGUGCUACUCCAACCUCGUCAGCAAUCCCGUAAUCAAAUUCUGGUCCUGCCUCUUUCUUCUCAGCAAGAUCAUUGAACUUGGAGACACGGCCUUCAUCAUCCUGCGUAAGCGACCACUCAUCUUUGUACACUGGUACCACCACAGCACAGUGCUGGUGUACACGAGCUUUGGAUACAAGAACAAGGUGGCUGCAGGCGGCUGGUUCAUGACCAUGAACUACAGUGUGCAUGCCAUCAUGUACAUCUACUACACCCUGAGGGCUGCCAAAAUGAAGGCCCCCACGUGGUUACCCAUACUCAUCACCAGCCUGCAGAUCCUGCAGAUGUUUAUGGGAGCCGGUAUCAGCUUCUUUACUUACAUCUGGAGGCAAGAACAGGGAUGUCAGACCAAAACAGAACAAUUCUUCUGGAGUCUCGUCUUGUAUAUAACCUACUGCAUUCUCUUUGUCCAUUAUUUCCACCACAGCUAUAUAAUCCCCAAGGCCAAAGCCAAGACCAAGAGUCAGUGAAGGGCUGGAGAAAAAGGAGCUCCAGGCUCUCGCCCCACUGAAGCACUGAGGGGCUGAGCUUAGGUUUUGGAGAAUGAUUAAAAUGCCUUUCCUGGGGCGCCUGGGUGGCUCAGUCAGUUAAGCAUCUGACUUUGGCUCAGGUCAUGAUCUC